AUGGUGGUGAUGAAGGCUCUGUGGAAACAUCAGUUUGCGUGGCCCUUCAGGCAGCCUGUGGAUGCCAUCAAACUGGGUCUGCCGGAUUAUCACAAGAUUAUAAAACAGCCUACGGACAUGGGUACUAUUAAGAGGAGACUUGAAAACAACUAUUAUUGGGCUGCCUCAGAGUGUAUGCAGGAUUUCAACACUAUGUUUACCAAUUGUUAUAUCUACAACAAGCCCACUGAUGAUAUUGUCCUAAUGGCACAAACGUUGGAAAAGAUCUUCCUACAGAAAGUGGCAUCAAUGCCACAAGAGGAACAAGAGCUUGUGGUGACCAUCCCUAAGAAUAGCCACAAGAAGGGGGCCAAAUUGGCAGCACUCCAGGGCAGCAUCACCAGUGCCCAUCAGGUGCCUGCAGUUUCUUCUGUGUCUCACACAGCCCAUACUCCACCACCUGAGAUACCUACCACUGUCCUCAACAUUCCCCACCCGUCAGUCAUCUCUUCUCCCCUUCUCAAGUCCUUAUGCUCUGCUGGACCCCCGCUCCUUGCUGUGUCUGCAGCUCCCCCAGCCCAGCCCCUUACGAAGAAAAAAGGCAUAAAGCGGAAAGCAGAUACUACCACACCUACCCCUACGGCCAUCCUGGCUCCCGGUUCCCCAGCUAGCCCCCCUGGGAGUCUUGAGCCCAAGGCAGCACGUCUUCCCCCUAUGCGUAGAGGUGGCCGCCCCAUCAAGCCCCCACACAAAGACUUGCCUGACUCUCAGCAACAACACCAGAGCUCCAAGAAAGGAAAGUUGUCAGAACAGUUAAAACAUUGCAAUGGCAUUUUGAAAGAGUUGCUCUCUAAGAAGCGUGCUGCCUAUGCCUGGCCUUUCUAUAAACCAGUGGACGCUUCUGCUCUUGGCCUGCAUGACUACCAUGACAUCAUUAAGCACCCCAUGGACCUCAGCACUGUCAAGGUACCCACUGCAUGGGGCAGAUGGGAUGCUCAGGCAGUGAUUGGAACUUUGGGUUCAAUAAAACGGAUUAAGGGGCGCCUGGGGACCCAGACUAACAGGCAGCAAUAUGGCAGUGCAGAUAUAACCUCAUACUGCAGAGGGACUUGCUUAAGUUAUAGUAGCGGUUAUGGGAAUGAUGAUGAUGAUAUUGAUUUCACAAAUGUGUUUACCGUGUCCUCUGAGCCAGGCACUGAGCUGGCCCAUUUUCUACAGCAUCGAACUGAAUGA